AUGCAUGAUUUUUGCUUUACAAUCCCAUAUGGGCUGAUUCUGGCGUGCGGUGGGAUCAUUGGUUAUGCUAAGAAAGGCAGCACAGCCUCACUCGCCGGAGGACUUGGCACCGGAUUCUUGCUUAUACUCGCCGGUUAUCUCAGCCUUCAAGCUUUCCACAAACGCAAAAACUCCUAUUUGGCCUUGAUUAUUGAAACUGUUUGUGCUGCCAUACUGACUUGGGUCAUGACACAGCGUUACAUGCAAACUUCAAAGAUAAUGCCUGCUGGCAUUGUUGCUGGGAUCAGCGUCCUCAUGACCAUAUUCUAUGUGUACAAGAUUGUGACUGGUGGCAACCAUUUCCCGCCCAAGACUGAGUAA